GCCCCGGGGCCUAGCGAGCCGUUCGGAGGCGCUGCUCGAGUCGCCGCCGACGCCAUGGAGAUGCCGCCGCUUCCGCCGCCGCCAGAAGACCAGGAGCUCCGCAAUGUCAUUGACAAGCUGGCUCAGUUUGUGGCACGGAACGGCCCCGAGUUCGAGAAGAUGACCAUGGAGAAGCAGAAGGAGAACCCCAAGUUCUCUUUCCUCUUCGGGGGCGACUUCUACGGCUACUACAAAUACAAGCUGGCCCUGGAACAGCAGCAGCUGCUGUGCAAGCAGAGCCAAGAUCUGGAGCCCGCCCCACAGAUCCAGCCACUGCCCCAGCCCGCCCUGGCCACGGCGGCCGCCCCCAUCGCCACACCGCAGGGCACCCCCUCCAUGGAGGAGCUGAUCCAGCAGAGCCUGUGGAACCUCCAGCAGCAGGAGCAGCACCUCCUGGCUCUGAGACAGGAGCAAAUCACUUCCGCCAUCGCGCUUGCCGUGGAACAGCAGAUGCAGAAGGUCCUCGAGGAGACCCAGCUGGACAUGAACGAGUUCGACAACUUGCUGCAGCCCAUCAUCGACACCUGCACCAAAGACGCCAUCUCGGCCGGCAAGAACUGGAUGUUCAGCAACGCCAAGUCUCCGCACCACUGCGAGCUGAUGGCCGGGCACCUGCGCAACCGCAUCACCGCCGAGGGGGCGCAUUUCGAGUUGCGCCUCCACUUGAUCUACCUGAUCAACGACGUCCUCCACCACUGCCAGCGCAAGCAGCAGCGGGACCUCCUGGCCGCCUUGCAGAAAGUGGUGGUCCCCAUCUACUGCACCAGCUUCCUGGCCGUGGAGGAGGACAAGCAGCAGAAGAUUGCCCGGCUCCUUCAGCUGUGGGAGAAGAACGGCUACUUCGACGAGGCCAUCAUCCAGCAGCUCCAGAGCCCGGCCCUCGGAUUGGGCCAAUACCAGGCCACCCUGAUCAUGGAGUUCAGCAGCGUCGUCCAGCCGGUCCAAGUGGCCUUCCAGCAACAGAUCCAGACCCUCAAAACUCAGCACGAGGAGUUUGUCAGCAGCCUCAGCCAACAGCAGCAGCAGCAGCAACAACAGCAGCAGCCGCAGCAGCCGCCGCCACUGCAAAUCCCACCUCCGGAAAGCGAAGUGAAGGCCGCCGCCGCCGCCCCCCCUCCUCCGGCCGCCCCCAUCACCCCCACAGACGAAGGGAAGCCACAACUGCCGCUGCCGGGCUCUGCCGAGUACGAGGCCACGGGGGCCGGGGCCGCUGACCCGGCCACGGCUGCACCGCGGGGGCCCGGCCCCCACGACCACAUCCCCCCCAACAAGCCGCCCUGGUUCGAGCAGCCACACCCCGUCACUCCCUGGGCACAGCAGCAGCCGCCUGAGCAGCCCCCCUUCCCCCACCACCAGGGCCCCCCGCACUGCCCCCCCUGGAACAGCAACCACGAGGGGAUGUGGAACGAGCAGAGGGAGAGUGGCUGGAGCAACCAGCGCGACGCCCCCUGGAACAGCCAGCCGGACCCCGCCUGGAACAGCCAGUUCGAGGCCCCCUGGAACAACCAGCACGAGCAGCCGCCCUGGGGAGGGGGCCAGAGGGAGCCGCCCUUCCGCAUGCAGAGGCCCCCCCACUUCCGGGGGCCCUUCCCGCCCCACCAGCAGCACCCCCAGUUCAACCAGCCGCCCCACCCGCACAACUUCAACCGCUUCCCCCCGCGCUUCAUGCAGGACGACUUCCCGCCGCGCCACCCUUUUGAGCGGCCCCCUUACCCGCACCGCUUCGACUACCCCCAAGGCGACUUCCCCCAGGAGAUCGGUCCCCCGCACCACCACCCGGGCCACCGCAUGCCGCACCCGGGGAUCAGCGAGCACCCUCCCUGGGGGGGCCCGCAGCACCCUGACUUCGGGCCCCCGCCCCACGGGUUCAAUGGGCAGCCCCCCCACAUGCGCAGGCAGGGGCCCCCCCACGUCAACCACGACGACCCCAGCCUCGUGCCCAACGUCCCCUACUUCGACCUCCCCGCCGGACUGAUGGCCCCCCUGGUCAAACUGGAGGAUCAUGACUACAAGCCUUUGGACCCCAAAGACAUCCGCCUGCCGCCCCCCAUGCCCCCCAGCGAGAGGCUCCUGGCAGCCGUGGAGGCUUUCUACAGCCCCCCUUCGCACGACCGGCCAAGAAACAGCGAGGGCUGGGAGCAGAACGGUCUGUACGAGUUCUUCCGGGCGAAGAUGAGGGCCCGGCGGCGCAAGGGGCAGGAGAAGAGGAACAGCGGCCCCUCGCCAUCCCGGAGCAGCAGGUCCAAGAGCCGAGGGCGCUCCUCUUCGCGCUCCAACUCGAGGUCGUCCAAGUCCUCCGGCUCCUACUCCCGCUCCCGGUCGCGAUCCUGCUCCCGAUCACGGUCCUACUCCCGGUCCCAGUCCAGGAGCAGAAGCGGCUCUCGCUCCUCUCAGAGCCGCUCUCGGUCCAGGUCCCGGUCAAAAUCCUACUCCCCCGGAAGGCGGCACCGGUCCCGAUCCCGCAGCCAGACGCCUCCCUCCUCGGCCGGAUUGGGAUCCAGUUCAGGGCCCCCCAUCCCCGAAUCGAGACUCGGAGAGGAGAACAAGGGGCACCAGAUGCUGGUGAAGAUGGGGUGGAGCGGCUCCGGGGGGCUGGGGGCCAAGGAGCAGGGGAUCCAAGACCCCAUCAAAGGUGGCGACAUCCGAGACAAGUGGGACCAGUACAAGGGCGUGGGGGUGGCCCUGGACGACCCCUACGAGAAUUACCGGAGGAACAAGAGCUAUUCCUUCAUUGCCCGCAUGAAGGCCAGAGACGAAACUUAACGCCGCUCAGAGCCAAGGGAGCCCAGCCGGUCGUCCAUCAGCAUCCGAGCUCCAGCCUGGCCACGUGAAUUGAGG